AUGGAUGCGAACCUGGCGAAUGGACUGGAUCGUGUCACGGGCAUCGCGCACCAGAGUGAGGGAAUGACCCUCAAGACGUUUGGCGCGUCCAUUGCGACGGGCGCCUUGAUUUUUGCCGCCGAGAUCGCUGUUUUCGUCUUGUGCAAGGAUCGACUUCGCAUGAUCUAUCAACCUCGAACACACCUUGUUCCCGAAAGCGAGCGCGCGGAGUUCCCCCCUACGAACCUGUUUCAGCUGGUGGCUCACCUCUGGAAGAUCUCCGACAGGGAGAUCAUCGAACGAUGCGGCCUGGACGCCUUUUUCUUCCUACGAUAUCUGGCCAUGCUCUUCAAGAUCUUCGCUGGCCUUCUCGUUCUUCUCCUCCCGGUACUCCUCCCGUUGAAUGCCGUCGGGGGCAAGGGCACUCACCACGAGGAUGACGGCGACAGUGGCCCUCGCUGGAAUGUCACCGGCCUGGACCAGCUGGCAUGGGGGAAUAUCGAGCCUCGGCAUACGGAUCGUUACUGGGCGCACUUUCUCCUGGCCAUAAUUGCCAUUGUGGGGACAUGCAUCAUGUUCUACGUGGAACUCCGGGUUUACAUCCGCCAUCGGCAUGCGUACCUGAGGGACCCGCGGACGGCCACCAGCACGAUUCUGGUGACAGCAAUCCCGGAAGAGUGGAUGGCCAGAGCAAAGUCCCCCGAAGGCCAGCUGCACCGGCUGUACGAUGCCCUCCCCGGGGGCAUCCGGAGGAUCUGGGUCAACCGUGACUAUUUGGAUGAGUUGGCCCAAAAGGUCGACCGGCGUGCGUGGUUGGCAGAGAAGCUGGAGGUUGCCGAGACGGCGGCGCAGCAGAAAAGGAACCUUCCAUCCAACUCAGCAUUCAUCCAGUUCAACCGGCCGGUGGCAGCUCAUAUGGCCUGCCAAUUAGUCGGCUACGGCCGGCCACAACAGCUGAUACCCCGGCUAGUUUGGACGCCAGAUGAUGUGAUCUGGGGAAACUUGCCCAUUGGAUGGUGGGGGCUCUCCGUGCGCCAGGUCUGUUGCGCGACUGCGAUGAUGGCAAUCCUUGUAGUCGGGGCGGUCCUGGUCGCCUGGACGGGUUUCCUUUCGCAGCUCUCCUAUCUGGCUGGGGCGUUUCCGUGGCUGGCCUGGAUCGACACGCUGCCGACCUGGUUCAUAUCCACGGCCCAGGGCCUGCUGCCGGGCGUCUGCCUGGCUCUCCUUAUGGCGCUGCUACCCAUGUUGCUCCGAUGCCUAUGCCGUCUUCAGGGUCUCGCUACCGGAACGGAGGUCGAGUUGAUGAUGCAGCAAUAUUACUUCGGCUUCCUCUUCGUCCAGCUGUUUCUGAUCGUCUCGGUCUCCUGCAGCUUCUCAACGAUCUACCAGAGUGCCACCGAGGUGACCAGCUGGCCAACUCUUUUAGCCCAGAAUGUGCCCAAGGCAAGCAACUAUUUCCUGUCCUAUAUGAUUCUCCAGGCCUUGUCGAUCAGUGCCGGUGAGUUGGCGCAACUUGUCCGGCUGAUUAAAUGGCUAGUUCUCUCACCGUUGUGGGACAGCACAGCGCGUCAGAAGUGGAGACGCACCCGGGAACUGAACGAGGUCCAGUGGGGGACAUUCUUCCCACUCUACACAACACUGGCUUGCAUUGGCCUGAUUUACUGCAUUAUCGCUCCACUCAUUGUGGUGUUUAAUGUCCUGACCUUCGGGCUCUUCCUCCUAGUGUACCGCUACAACACCCUGUUUGUUGUCCGAUUUAGGCUCGACACUGGUGGGCUCCUCUUUCCACGUGCCAUCAACCAGCUGUUUACCGGCUUAUAUGUGAUGGAGUUAUGUCUGGUAGGGAUGUUCUUCCUGGUCUGUGACGAGCAGGGAGCUGCAAGUGGCCAGGUUCAAGGCGGUCUAAUGGCGGGCAUCUUGCUUCUCACCAUCGGGUAUCAGAUAUCGUUAAACCGAGCGAUGAAUCCAUUGCUCAAGUAUUUGCCGCUUUCUCCCAACUCGUCAUUGUUACAAGCAGAGACCCAUGAUGCAUUUCCAAAGGCCCAGCAGCAAUACAUUACGUUCGAGCAUAAGGCAUGGCGAGUGGGAAGAGUCGUGAUCUGGUUUCCUAAUGAUGCCCUCCGUAUUAGCGAAGACGAACAGCGUCGCACCUUGCGGGAAAGCUGUGCACGAAUCUCGGUAGACAGUAAGGGGCAGACUUUGGAUGAUAACUUGCGGACCUGUUUCGACAAAGACCCGCCAAAUUGUCCAGUACGAGAAGAGAUUUGCCGGAGGCGCCAAGUAUUAAAUAGUGACGCUCCCAUUGCAUUUUUCUAG